UGUAGCGGGCACUGCUGAGCAUGUUUCCCUUUAGGGCACUUCUUAUCUAGGAGCUGAAUUUAGUUUCUACCGAAGUGAGCUACUUCCCUCCCCUACCCUGUCCUUCUGAAUAAGGAGCAGCCUCCAAGCAUCAGCGGAGCCCAGAUGAGCCUGAGCUUCGGAGCCACUUAGCAGUCUCCUGGGACCCAGCUCUGGAGGAUCCGAAAGCAUGCACCGUGGGUUGUGGCUACUCCUGAUUACGUUCUGCCUGAGGGAGAAACUAGCCAGAGCGGGAGAGAAGAAAUCCUAUGGAAAGCCGUGUGGAGGCCAAGACUGCAGUUGGGGCUGUAAAUGCUUUCCUGAGAAAGGAGUGAGAGGGCAACCAGGACCCAUUGGAAUUCAGGGUCAAACAGGACCUCAAGGAUUUGCUGGCCCUAGUGGUUUAUCAGGGUUCAAAGGAGAAAGGGGCUCCCCAGGCCCUCUGGGAGCAUAUGGACCAAAAGGAGAUAAGGGUCCCAUGGGAGUUCCUGGUUUUCUUGGCAUUGAUGGGAUUCCGGGACACCCUGGACAGCCAGGGCCCAGAGGCCCACCUGGCCUGGAUGGCUAUAAUGGAACUCAAGGAACUAUUGGAUUUACAGGACCUGAUGGCUAUCCUGGGCUGCUCGGACCACCUGGGCUUCCUGGUCAGAAAGGAUCUAAAGGUGAACCUGUCCAUACCCAAGGUAGUUUCAAAGGAAUGAAGGGGGAUCCUGGGCUGCCUGGACUAGAUGGAAUCACUGGCCCACGAGGAACACCCGGCUCUCCAGGAGCUGUAGGACCUAUGGGAUCACCAGGAUUUCAAGGUCCUCCAGGCCCCCCUGGUCUCCCUGGUCUUGACGGGAAUAAGGGGUUAGGUUCCCAAGGAGAGAAAGGAGACAAGGGGGAUGUUGGUCUCCCUGGACCUGCAGGACCCCCACCUACUACCGGAGAACUGGAAUUCAUGGGGUUUCCCAAAGGGAAGAAAGGAUCUAAGGGGGAACUAGGGCUUCAGGGUUCCCCAGGAACAAGUGGCCCUCCAGGACUUCCGGGAUUUGGAACUGCAGGAGAAAAAGGAGAAAAAGGCAUCUCUGGUUUGCCAGGACCUAGGGGUCCCAUGGGUUUAGAAGGAGUCCAAGGACCUCCAGGGAGUCAGGGCAAGAAGGGGUCCUCAGGUUUCCUUGGGCUUAAUGGAUUGCCAGGAAUUAAGGGAGAAAAGGGUGGUGUUGGCCUGCCAGGCCCAGAUGUUUACAUCGAUACAGAUGGUGCUAUGAUCUCAGGUUAUCCUGGAGACCCUGGUAUGCCAGGCCUUCCAGGACUUAAAGGUGAUGAAGGCAUCCAGGGCCUGCCUGGAUCUUCUGGCAUCCCCGGAUUACCAGCUUUACCAGGUGUGUCAGGUGACCCAGGGCCGCAGGGAGUUCCAGGCCUGAAAGGGAACAAAGGAAACCCAGGCCAAACCACAAUUGGGGCAUCUGGCCUUCCUGGCAAAGAUGGUUUGCCAGGCCUACCAGGUCUACCAGGCCUACCAGGUCCAGCAUUUGAACCUGGAACCCUACAGAGCACAGAGCCAGGAUUUCCUGGUCUCAGAGGAGAACGAGGUCCAAAAGGAAACCAAGGUCUCAAAGGAGUAAAAGGGGACUUGGGAUUUUGUGCUUGUGAUGGUGCUAUCUCCAACAGUGGACCACCUGGGGAUCCAGGCCCACCUGGGCCACCAGGUCAUAUAGGCCUUUCAGGCCUUAAAGGAGCCAGAGGAGAUCCAGGCUCUAGAGGCACACAGGGCCCAUCAGGGUCUCCAGGUUUAUUUGGGCCUCAAGGUCCUACAGGUCCCAAAGGAGAGAAAGGAGAAUCAACCCUCAGUACAAGAUCAGGGAAGCCAGGGGAGCAGGGUGAUCCUGGACCUCAGGGGCUCCCCGGAGAGACAGGAGUACCAGGCAAGGAUGGAUUACCAGGUUUACUAGGUCUGCCAGGCUUUCCGGGUGAUGCUGGACAGGGAUUCCCAGGUGAAAAGGGGUUCCCAGGGCUUCCUGGAGAAAAAGGUCAUAGUGGUUCUCCUGGCCCCCAAGGAAUUGGGCUACCAGGGUCUCCUGGACCUCGUGGACCUCCCGGAGAUCAAGGAAUAGAUGGAUUACCAGGGAAAACGGGCCUCCCAGGGCCUCCAGGUGACUGCUGCUGCAGAGGGAAGGUUGGUAAAGGAGACUUAGACACUGAGGGAGGUAUCACCUUGCCUUGUAUUAUUCCUGGGCCAUAUGGCCCAUCAGGAUUCCCAGGAGCUCCCGGAUUCCCAGGCCCUAAAGGGGCCCCUGGCCUCCCUGGGACUCCAGGCCAGCCGGGACUGCAUGGAAAUAAAGGAGAGUCCGGAAAUCCAGGAUCACUUCACCUCCCUGAAUUGCCAGGAUUUCCUGGACCUCGUGGGAAUAAGGGCUUGCCUGGGUUUCCUGGGCUCCCUGGAAAAGAUGGCUUGCCUGGCAAAGUUGGCAUUCCAGGUUUACCAGGUUCCAAGGGAGUCCCUGGUGACAUCUUUGGUGCUGAAAUUGGUGUUCCGGGAGAGCAAGGCCUACAGGGAUUGCCAGGGGACAGAGGAUUUCCUGGAGACUCUGGCCUUCCAGGACCCAAGGGUGUGUCUGGAAAGUCGGGCUCGCUAGGUCCCAAAGGUGAGCAGGGCAGCCCUGGAACACCAGGCCACGUGGGACAGCCAGGUAUCCCCGGGACUGUUGGUUUACCCAGCAUCAUGGGCAAACCUGGGCUACCAGGAGUACCAGGCUUUCCAGGCACUUCAGGACAUCCUGGAAAGAAAGGUCCAAAAGGUGAAACAGGUCCCCCUGCAUCAACUGGAAAGAGAGGUCUGCCUGGGAUGAAAGGCCUUCCUGGAUCUACAGGGUUAAUUGGCUUCCUGGGGAACUCAGGGUUGCCAGGGGAUACUGGACUGCCAGGCCUGCCAGGUUGGAAGGGUGAGAAGGGGUCUGUUGGACUGAUAGGUUUUCCAGGGAUGCCAGGUCUCCCCGGGAUUUCUGGUGCGAGUGGAUUAAAGGGAAUGCCUGGGUUGGCUGGAAAAAUGGGACCAUCUGGAAGGGCUGGUAGCCCUGGUGAAAAAGGAGACAGAGGCGAUCCGGGGCCAGUUGGAAUUCCCAGUCUAAGACCUCCAAUGCUGAACCUCCAAUUCAAAGGAGACAAAGGCUCUCGGGGCUCAGCUGGAUUGGAUGGAUUUUCUGGACCCAGAGGUGAGAAAGGAAAGGCUGGUCUCCAUGGGCCACCAGGUUUGCCUGGAGCUCCUGGAUUCCCCAAUACCAUCAAAGGACUUAUUGGGAAACCAGGCUCCCCUGGCUCCACAGGACUGCGGGGAUUACCUGGCCAGAAAGGCUUACCUGGAAUCUCGGGCUUCCCAGGAAUGCCAGGAGAAAGUGGUUUGCAGGGUCUCAGUGGAGCUCCUGGGCUCCCAGGAGUAUCUGGCCUCCCAGGUUCAAAAGGAGAUCAAGGCCAGACACUUGGACUACCUGGUAGCCCAGGACCUAAGGGACAACCUGGGAAACCCGGCUCGAAAGGUAUUAAAGGAAAAUCUGGACUAGUUGGUGACAUGGGUGUUCCUGGAAUUAAAGGUGAAGAUGGGAAAGUUGGUAUUUCUGGAGAUGUUGGCCUUCCUGGCUCCCCAGGACUCCCUGGGAUUGCAGGCAUAAAAGGAAAUCCAGGGCUUCCAGGUUCUCCAGGCCACCCAGGGUCACCUGGGCCCUUGGGACCACCUGGCCUAAAAGGAACUAAAGGUUACCCUGGAAUUCUUGGUUUACAUGGACUAAAUGGGCUUCCAGGAACCAAGGGUACCCAUGGAACUCCAGGACCUAGUAUAACUGGUGUGCCAGGUCCAGCUGGAUUGCCUGGUCCCAAAGGAGAAAAAGGUUCUCCAGGAAUUGGCACUGGAUCCUCAGGCAAGCCAGGCAUGAAAGGACAAAAAGGUGGCCAAGGUUUCCCAGGUCCCCAAGGCCCUGCUGGUCCCCCUGGUGCCCCAGGCCUCUCCUUGCCGUCAGUCAUAGCAGGACAGCCUGGAGACCCUGGACGACCAGGCCUAGAUGGAGAACGAGGCCGCCCAGGCCUCCCAGGCCCCCCAGGCCCCCCUGGGCCAUCUUCGAAUCAAGGUGACCCUGGAGACCCUGGCUUCCCUGGAAUUCCUGGUCCUAAAGGGCUGAAGGGAGACCAAGGAAUUCCAGGUUUCUCUGGCCUCCCUGGAGAGCUAGGACUGAAAGGCAUAAGAGGUGAGCCUGGCUUCAUGGGGACUCCAGGCAAGGCUGGGCCACCUGGAGACCCAGGAUUUCCUGGAAUGAAGGGAAAGGCAGGCCGAAGAGGCUUUUCUGGCCCCCAAGGUGCUCCGGGCCAAACACCAAUUGCAGAAGCCAUCCAGGCUCCUCCUGGACCCAUGGGUAUCCCGGGCAUCAAUGGCAUCCCUGGUCUCACGGGGGAUCCUGGAGUUCAAGGCCCUGUAGGCCUACAAGGUUCCAAAGGUUUACCUGGCAUCCCUGGCAAAGAUGGCCUGAGUGGGCUCCCUGGCCCACCUGGGGCUCUUGGUGAUCCCGGUCUCCCUGGACUGCAAGGACCUCCAGGAUUUGAAGGUCCUCCAGGAAAACAGGGUCCCUUUGGAAGGGCUGGAUUGCCUGGACAGAGCGUGAGAGUGGGUUACACCUUGGUGAAACACAGCCAGUCGAAACAGGUGCCCCUGUGCCCUGCUGAGAUGACCCAGCUGUGGGUGGGUUACAGCUUGCUAUUUGUGGAGGGGCAGGAGAAAGCCCACAACCAGGACUUGGGGUUUGCUGGCUCUUGUCUGCCCCGCUUCAGCACCAUGCCCUUCAUCUACUGCAACAUCAAUGAAGUGUGUCACUAUGCCAGGCGCAAUGAUAAGUCCUACUGGCUCUCAACCACCGCCCCCAUCCCCAUGAUGCCCAUCGGCCAGACCAAGAUCCCCCAGUAUAUCAGCCGCUGCUCUGUGUGUGAGGCACCCUCGCAAGCCAUUGCUGUGCACAGCCAGGAUGUCACCAUCCCGCAGUGCCCCCUUGGCUGGCACAGCCUCUGGAUGGGGUACUCCUUUCUCAUGCACACUGCCGCUGGCACCGAGGGUGGAGGCCAGUCCCUGGUCUCACCUGGCUCCUGCUUAGAGGAUUUUCGAGCCACUCCUUUCAUUGAGUGCAGUGGUGCCCGGGGUACCUGCCACUACUUUGCCAACAAGUACAGUUUCUGGCUGACGACAGUGGAGGAGAAGCAGCAGUUUGGAGAGGAACCUGUACCAGAAACAUUGAAUGUUGGGCAGCUCCACACACGAGUCAGCCGCUGCCAGGUGUGUAUGAAAAGCUUGUAG